AUGAAUUUCGGCUUGAAAAUUCCAAAAGCUACCAGUGGAUACGGGGAAUGGGAGAAGGCUUCAUAUACAUGCAAAUUGGACGAAGCAACAGCAUGCGCGGGCAGAGCAAAACAACAGCUCAACGCCGCACCCAACUUGAAAGGGGAGUUAAAAAUUGAAGCCUUUAAAAUGCUGGAUAGGUUAUUCGAAAUUGUGAAAAAGUUGGAAAUGCCCUCGAAAACAAAGGUAGAGAAGGAGGUCAUGAAGCAGAUGCACCGCGAAAAUAGCAAGACAGAAAUGGGCACGAGCAACCUGAAAAAUAUUAUUGAGGAGCAUAGUAAGGUUUUGGGAGAGACUGUGAAAGAAAUGGACCGACUACGCACGGUUAUUAGGAGACACGAGGAGAAAAUGGAUGACACGGCACAAAACGCCGAAAAACGAGAUGGGGGACAUAGUGUUGGAGAGCUUCUGGCGGAAAUCCGUGAGCUCAAGCGACUCACACAAGAGACCCGGGUACGGACCGACGAGGCGCAGGGGGUAAUUCCCUCGUACGCGGAGGUCCUGUCUCGGCCACCAGCCGCUAGAGUGGACAAGCCGAAGUUCUCCGUCAUCGUGGGUUCAAAAAACGUCAUCGAUACUAGUGCUGAUGUCAUAGAAAAGCUGAGAGGGGCGUUAGAUGCACGGCGCAGCGGUCUAAAGAUAGAGCGUCUCCGUAGGGUACGCGAUGCGAAGGUGGUUUUGAGCUGCGCGAGUAAAGAGGAGAUGGAAAAGUUGUCCGAGCAGCUAAAGAACGAUAAGAACCUUACUGCCGAGGUGGCUAAGAACAAAAAGCCACUCGUCGUGCUUAAAAAUCUCAUGGCGUACAAUACGGAUGACGACAUCCGAACGGCACUCGCUGAGCAAAACCGGCACCUGCUGGAGGAUCUUUCAGCCGACGAAACCGCCGUGGAGGUAAGGUACCGGAGGAGGGCGAGGAAUCAACAGGAGUGCCACGCCGUCCUCCAGGUAUCGCCCGAAUUAUGGCAAAGGCUAACGUCGGCUGGAAGAGUAUACAUUGACCUCCAGCAUGUGAGGGUGCAGGACCAGUCACCACUGGUGCAGUGCACCAGAUGCCUGGCGUACGGCCACGGCCGGAAGCAGUGCGCGGACGAUGUGGAUCUCUGCAAUUACUGUGGCGGUCCGCAUCUCAAAAGUUCGUGCACGCAACUGGCGGCCGCCCAGGCACCGAAGUGUAUUAACUGCACCAGGGCCAAGCUAACUGAAACUGCCCAUACGGCAUUUGGUGACUGCUGCCCUGUUAGGAGAAAGUGGGAUGCGCUGGCCAGGGCGGCAAUAGCCUACGGCUAGGGCUGCUCUGGCUGGUGGCCCGCCGGACCCGAUAGUGUGGCGGUCCGAAACGUCGUCAACCCUACUCGGCUCGAACUUUUGAACCUCGGGGUUACUCACGGCUGAAAAAUAUAAAUAAAAAAAUAAAAUAAGAUGAGUUUUGUAAACUACAUAGGGUGGCUGAUGACCAUAGAAUUUGAUGUAAAAUCUAUUUAGUUAUUAAGUAAAACCCUCUGGAGUUUACAAAAUGUAUUUUCUUUUAAGAACAUCUAUGUAGAAUAACUAUACAAUAAUUAUUAAAACUGUAAAUAGUAAAUAGAAGAAGAAUAAAACCGUAAUUUAGAAUAAAUGGAAAGGAAAUAGUAAGACAUUAAUACGAUCUAAAAGAUAUACAAUAAGUAGAAUAUAAAAUAAAGAUGAAAAUAGGUUAAAAAUAUUAGCUAGAAUAAGAUAAGUAUAUAAAAGUUAGAAAAAGUUAAAAUAGGUAUAUAAUUACUGGUAUAACUGUUAUACUAAGUUUAUAUGGUAUUGUAGAACUUUAUACAAAAUAAAUAAAAAAUUCCUGGUUCCGUUAUUAAUCCUACAAUAAAUAAACAAGGGCUCUGAUUAUGUCAGAGGAGUAUUCGCGGGCCGGGCCUAAAGCGCCCGGACAAAAAAAAAAAAAA